AUGUCUUCCAAACAAUCCCAAAUCUCAGACUUACCAGCAAUAACCACAUACCUAACCGGGCACAACGAGUCUGGCAAAGCGAUCGUCGAGCAAUCCCGACCAGCAAACUGGACAGUCUACGACAACAAAGAGAUGGCCUUCAAUGUCGCUUACACAACCUCCCAAUUUCCAGCAAACUUAAACGAAAAUGCCGACAUCAAGACCCACGACAAAGUCGCCUCGUCAGGAAAACUCGGGCUCGUGAAUCCAUGUGGAACAGUGUGUCGCACAGUGGACUUUGCACCUGGGUUUGAGUGCAUGAUGCACAGAACGCAGUCUUUGGAUUAUGGCAUUGUGGUUGCUGGGGAGAUAGAACUGGUGUUGGAUUCUGGAGAGAGGCAGUUGAUGCGGGCGGGAGAUAUUGCGGUGCAGAGGGCGACGAUGCAUUCGUGGAAGAAUCCUAGUGAGAGCAAGUGGGCGAGGAUGACGUUUGUGUUGCAGGACUGUGAGAAGUUGGUGGUGGGUGGUGAGGUGUUGGGAGAGGAUCACGGAAGGGGCACGAAGGGACUGCCUAUGAGUGGAAAUUGA